AUGGCAAACGCCAAAGCAGCAAGUCCAGGACACGGACUUGCGAGCUCACCAUACCCGGUCUCAGGGUCCUCUGAUGGCUCUAAAGCGAAUAGUGAACAGCAUGAUCAUGGAUCAGAGCAUCACCCGAGAGCAGGCAUGAAGAGCUUUGCUUGGCCCUUGGUGCUGAUAUCGAUACUGUGUUCUCACUUCCUCUACGCUCUUGACAACACCGUCGUAGCGAACGUGCAACCGGCCAUUAUUGCAACGCUGGGCGAAAUAGACAAGCUGCCAUGGAUCUCUGUGGGGUUCGUUUUCGCUGCGGCAAGCGUGACGCUCACAUGGGGCAGAUUGUACGGACUGUUCGAUGUUAAGAUUACCUUCAUGACCGCAGUCUUCGUAUUCGAGGUAGGUACAGCUGUCUGUGGUGCGGCACCGACCAUGAAUGCUUUCAUAGUUGGUCGCACCAUCUGCGGCUUAGGAGCUGGAGGGAUCUACACGGGCACAAUGGUAGUGGUUGCGGCGUUCACUUCGAUCAAAGAGCGACCAGCUUACCUAGGGAUGACUGGUCUUACCUGGGGGUUUGGAACUGUACUAGGGCCAGUUAUCGGCGGCGCCUUUGCAGAUAACACGCACGCCACGUGGCGUUGGGGCUUCUACAUUGGCCUCUGUGUCGGCGCUGUAGCCGCGCCAGUAUACUUCCUACUGCUGCCAAGAUACGACGUCCGAAAAGGCACGCCCAUGUUGAUACGGUUCUUUGAGUUCGACCUUGUGGGAUCAGUAUUACUGAUCGGCGCUUUCGUCUCUGGGACCUGUGCAAUCGAUUUUGGCGGAUCUCUGUACGCAUGGAGCGACUCGCGUAUCAUUGGACUCUUCUGUGUAUUCGGUGUUCUCUGCAUACUCUUUACAGCGCAGCAAGGGUGCUCCAUACUGACGAAACCCGAGCACAGACUGUUCCCGGGAGACAUGCUCAAGUCUCGAGAUAUGGUCAUCCUGUUCAUUCAGGCCUCAGCAUCAAAUGCCUGCGUUUUCAUUCCGGUCUUUUACAUCCCACUUUACUUCCAGUUCGUUCGUGGCGAUGGCGCUCUGGAGUCAGCGGUCCGGCUGCUGCCAUACGUCUGUGUGUUUGUCGCCGCCGCAAUGUUCAACGGUAUCUUCAUGACGAAGACUGGCUAUUACCUGCCAUGGUACAUUGUCGGCGCGGCACUGUCCCUUGUGGGAGGGGCACUGAUGUUCACAGUCACCCAACAUACAGCCCCAUCCCGCGUGUAUGGCUACAGCGUGCUCAUUGCAGCCGGUGCAGGCUCUGUCAAUCCCGCCUGUUGGGCCGUCUCUCAGGCAAAGGCUCCUCGCGGCAACUUUGUUCAGGCGAGCGCUUUCAUUGGCCUCGCGAACGCGCUGGGCCUGACGCUAACUUUGAGCAUUUCCAACAGUGUCUUCGUGAAUGUCGCGACGAAAAUGGUUGCGACGGUCUUGCCGAGGUUAAAUCGUACGCAGGUGCAGGCCGCCAUCGCUGGCACUGAUGCACAUGUCUUCCAGACGCUCAUGGAUGACGAGCGUAUGCGGUGCUUGGAUGCCAUAACAUAUGCACUGUCGAGGAUCUAUAUCAUGCUGAUUGUUGGGGCUGCUACAUCCUUGGUGUUUGCAAUGCUCAUGAAGUGGGAAAAGGUUUUUGUGGAUCCAGAGAAAGAGCAGCAGGAUGAACAAAAGGCACAAGUUUAG